AGAUUUUAAGCUUGACUUUUGAGGUAAAAGCCAACAACCUGACAUCUUUUUUUCGGGGGGGUUCUUUCCUUAUCAUUUUAUUUUAUUUUAUUUGCACCAUUUAAAGCCUAUCAAGAACGAGUUUGGAAGCCCACCAAGAGAGUCGUUCCUAUCAUCUACCCGCAUCUACAUAGUAUAAGACCUUUUGCCCCAACUGUCGAUUUUUGACGUCGGACUCCAAUUGCCACAUUAAUCUCAUUUCAACCCAUCAACCCAUAUCAACUCAUUUCCAUCGAGUAGAACAGCUACUCACCCCCUUUAACCUUUAACCGACUCGAAUACUACUUGCCAAUGGUUUGAUUGUCCUUUUGGAUAAAAAGAACCUCUGCUCGUCGUGUUAGUCUCGGCGCGUCUGUCCUCACAAUGCAAACUCGGCCUUAAGUAGCGGCCUGAAAACAUACGAUAAACGAGCACUUCUAUACUACACCUCCCUAUUUAUAAUACUUUCUUUGACAUUCCCUGGAAGUACAUGGUAACCACUCUCCAUGUUAUAUUCACCCGGGAAUUGUACUUCUCAUACUUUCGCAUACAUACCAUCUGCUUCAUUUGAUCCACUGGUUUCUGUCAACCAAACGAUACAUGGUUUUUACUGCACGCAAUCAUACCAUCUUUCACCAAAUGGACCCUCCAGCCUCUCUAGACAUCCAUGAAAGAUGGAACGAGGAGAAGGAAUGCAUGAUAGCCAAACAUGCCAAGGAACUUGCUUUUCAUGAGGAUCUACUCGAAAAGGAGAAGCAAGAUCUCCGCGAGAGCAGCGAAAGCGACCUACUAAAAUUAAAGGCAGCGGUACCACCGGCCUUGUACAGGGAGAUAAUCUUGCCUAUGGCCGAAAAAAGCCUUAAGAAUGAUAUACGGCAGAUUGAGGCUAGCCACCAGAAAAGAACGAUAAUCAUUGAGAAGGAACAGAAGGCGGAACGUGCUCGUCAUGAAAUUGCCUAUCACGAGAAACUUAAAGUCUCUUUGGCUAUAAAUGGAGAUACGAAUGCAACUGCCGGUGUUCAAGGCAGUGUCAUCUCACGGCCUCAAGAUUCUAAGAAACGCAAGGCAUCCACGCCGAAAGAACAUCCCCCUAAGCGACCGCGCGUCGAAACAUUUAUCAAUUCCCACCAAACCUUUGCUAGCACACCCUUAGACGAAAAUGCUCAUCUACCAACUCGAACGAUAAAAUUUGACGAGGUCUACCAGAAUGGUGCCGCAAAACACAAAGAUACAAUUGUGGAGUGGCCGAGCGGUAGUCGGAAGUGGUAUAUUCUAAAGUGUGAGAAACACGAGGCUCGUUUCACCAAAAAUGCUGUCCCAGGAGCCGCUAGGCAUCUUAAUGGCCGAGAUCACGGCUUCCCCGAUAGAAAUUGGGAUAUGGCCGUUAGAACACUGGGUUACCUGGUGGUUGACUGCAACGAGGAACUGGUAAAGCUUAACAACCAGGUUGCAGAGGAAAGUUACAAAAAUGGAUAUAAACCACCCCUUGCUAAGUCAGAAAAGCAGUCUAACAAAAGAGAUAAGAUGCAAAAAAAGGUGCGUAAGGAAGGGAAAAAGAAAAAGUCGUCUUCUUCAUGGACAGCAAAGCUGGGCGCGGAUGUCACCCCAAAGAAACCAAAAGUUCGGGCUCGUCAGAAUUCAGACACACCGACGAGUCGCCGGAACAACUCCAACUCACAAAAAAUAAUUACUAACCCCAAGACAUUCAAUAUUUAUCAUGGCCGCUGGAAGUCCAAUGGUAGCUCGGAAUAUAAUGAUGAAAUCUAUCCUGUUAUGAUACUCGGGUGGGAUAGCCAAGACGGAAGCGGCCUGAAGAACUCUACCCUCAAGGACACUGGUCUCCUUAAGAAGAAAUCCUCCCCACCAAACUGCUAUAUUUACGAAUCAAACAAAAUAGUUGGCUGGGCACCAGGAUAUGAAGAUGGAGGCGUUAAAACUGACUCAAGAAAAUUUCCCGUUAUGUUCUUCGAUGAAGCUCAGACUGUAGCGUGGCUCCCAGCUCGAUAUCUGACCAAAUUCCCUCUAUAUAAACGCACACCACCAUCCGAACCAGACCAUCCUUUCAAUGCUGCCUGUCGCUGGAUUGCUGAGAGGGAAGGCUUUAGUACGUGGGAAGAAAGGGAAAAGGCUCGUCUUUAUCCCCCAACGUCGCGGCCCCCGUCGAUCUCGCCAAUCACCCCGAUUGUGGACGAGUCUGCUAAAAUAAGCAUCCAUCCUAGUGGAUGUGAAAAACCCGAAGGGCCUGAAAGAUAUCCUACUACGAGUCAUGAUCCGUCAGUAGAUAAAGAGGACUCGGAUAGCCUAUGCUCUAACUCGGACGCACUGUCAAUUUCCACCAAAGAUACGGAGACGCUCCUAGAAGAGUGGGAGAAUUUCUUGAAAGGUGGGGAAAUUCCUGGCGAUGAGGAUUAUUCUGCUUCCGGAUCUGAUGUUGACGAUACUUCCGACGCCGAAAAAGAUGAUUGGGACAAACCCUCUUCGCAUGCUAUAAAGCCAAGCGGCUCCUCGGAUCGACCCUGGGCAUUUUACGGCCUGCGGAGUAUAGAAGAUACCGAAGAAUUAAAUAAGCCAAUUGAAAAAUGGCGAGAGUCAGGAGAGAACCAUCUCUCUACGCCAGUGGUUACAGGAAUGGAAUCAACUCGGGGGCUCGCGAGACGGGCGUGUUCGUAUCCUAUAAACCCACAAGAAUCUCACGAAAGUUAUACAUCUAGCACGAAAAAGUUACAAGGUUCCCAUACAAUACAACCUGACCAGUUAGUCGAUUUGCCUUUGGGAGAUAGAGCUGCCAGCGCCCCUCAAACUGGUGUCGAUCGCAUUACAUCGCCGGAGUCAACUCUCGCAGCAGUUAUCCAUAACCUCAUCACAACACCUAUCCCCGGAUUAAAAGGAAGCAAGGAAGCACAUGUUGACGACAAAGAUAUUGAUGGAGACAGGGAUAUCUCGCCUCUUAUCAACGGAGCGUCUAAUGAUCUCAAGUCGAAAACUAGCGACAAGAUUCAGUGUGAUCCUUAUGAAAUCCUCGAGGCCUUAAACUCGAAACAGGCGGCUAGUAUCGAUAAAGAGCGCGAUGAUAUAAGUGCGGAAGAUGAAAUGAUGGCGGACAGAGAACGCCUGGUCGAGAAUAAGCAAGUUACUACUGAGGAAACGACCCAGACAGCACAGCAUAAGGAAGAAGAGGAGAAUAAGUCAAGCAAGCAUAAGGAAGACCAGCUCCCUGAAACCGAGAUGAUUACUUCCUCUACCAACCCAAUAGCAGGCACCAAGGUUUCUACAUCUAGCCAGUCCGUUAGUAACCCCUUUGCCGAUGCUACAUCGUCCCCAGGCAAUGCGGACUUUGAAUUAUCGCAAUGUAGCAAUGGAGCAACAUCGUGGGAGAGAUUGAACGAAGAAGAAGAUUGUGUCAAACUCUUCCACGAUAAGGAUCGAAAGAUAAUGGCGACCUGGCGAAGUCCGGUAGACGUUACGAUUGAUCUAAUGGAAGUAGCCAGCUUCUCGCGAGAGUACGUCCCGGGAUCCCACGGGAAUAGCGUUAUAGUAUUGAACAAUAAGGAUGGUUCAUCGUGGAAAAUCGCUUUCGGCCAGAGUAAAGAAACUAAGCUUUUAGCUGGUAAGAUUCAGAGUCGCGGGUUUAUACGACAGCUUCGAAUCGCAAAUCCCGAUGUUGAAUGCUUGGAGAAAGUCUAGCCUGUAUGGAUAUUAGGAUGAACUGUUAUCCUAGCUGUAGGUUCGGGUUUUGAAUAGCAGUGAAGCUAAUCGUUUGAGUAUAAAAUUCAAGAGGAGGAAAAACAGCUUGUGCUCAUUUCUCACCGUGGUUUACGAUGUUAUUUUUCUUGGGUUAUUAAUUACGCUGGUCGUAUAGGUAUGUUAUUAUAUAUACCUAGGUACCUAGGUAGAUACCAACUAACAAUUUCUUAUUACG